AGGGGGGAAUCCACUGUUCUGACUCUUGAAGCACUAUUCAUCUCCCCCUUCGUUCGAACCCAACUCAGCGUCAGCGAAUUAGAGGCAGUGGCAACCAACCCACCUCCGCUCUACCUCUCUCUCCACACUCCCUCUUCCUCUUCUUUUCCUCCUCCUUCUUCUUGAUUUUCUCCCUUCUCUUCCUCUCUUUUCUGAUUAGGAGAAAGCAUUAUCUGUCAUACGCAAGCUCUCUACCCAGUGAUAUUUGAAUAGCGGGAAGUUCUUCAUAGCGGCAACACUCAAAGCAAUCCUUCAUUAUUUCUUUGGUGAUUCUGCUCACCAUUUUUACGAAUCUCUUCGUCCCCUUGACGCAGCCAUCACUUGAGCUACUAUCCAUAGACCACAACAGGACAGAGUUUUUCCCCUUGUAUCAUCCAUUAAAUUCAAGCCAACGUAUAACAUAGAUCAAGAUCCAAUUACAGUCAUUCAUAGUUAUCAUCAUUGGGAUUAUUGUGCUCUGUUCAAGUCGCACUUCAGGCCGAAACCCAAGCAGAAGCUCAGGAAAAGGAAAUAUAAAAUCAGAGAACUGUGAAAAGACGAAUAAAAUAAAUAUGGUGAAGGUUCGCAUGAACACGGCAGAUGUGGCCGCUGAGGUCAAGUGCUUGCGAAGGUUAAUUGGCAUGAGAUGUGCCAACAUCUAUGAUCUCUCUCCAAAGACAUAUAUUUUCAAGCUUAUGAAGAGUAGCGGAGUCACAGAAUCUGGGGAGAGUGAGAAGGUCUUGUUGUUAAUGGAAAGUGGUGUGCGGUUGCAUACUACUGCAUAUGUUAGGGACAAGAGUACUACUCCUUCUGGGUUUACUCUGAAAUUAAGGAAGCACAUACGCACAAGAAGGCUAGAAGAUGUGCGGCAGCUUGGAUAUGAUCGUAUUAUCCUCUUUCAAUUUGGACUAGGUGCUAGUGCCAACUAUGUUAUAUUGGAGCUCUAUGCCCAAGGAAACAUUCUGCUAAUGGAUUCUGAAUUUGUAGUGAUGACUCUUCUCCGUUCUCACAGGGAUGAUGACAAAGGGUUUGCAAUCAUGUCACGCCAUCGGUAUCCAAUUGAGGCUUGUCGUAUUUUUGAGAAGACUGAUAUUACAAAGUUGCAAGUAGCACUUACUUCUUCAAGGGCAUAUGAUAUCAAUGACUCUGUUGAGGUUGAUGGAAGUAGUCUAAAUGCUUCCAAUACGUCUAAAGGAUCUCAGAGUAGCCAAAAAAAUGGGAAGCUGGUUCCUUCAAAUAAAAUAGCUGAUAGUAGCUCUCAUGCUAAGCAAGGCACCUUGAAGUCAGUUCUUGGAGAGGUGUUGGGUUAUGGACCUGCACUCGCUGAGCAUAUUAUAUUAGAUGCUGGUCUGGUUCCAAACACAAAAGUUGCAAAUGAUGGUAAAAUAGACAAUAAUAAAAUUCAACUAUUGGCUCAGGCUGUUGCUAAAUUUGAAGGCUGGCUUGAAGAUGUUAUAUCAGGUGAGACAAUUCCUGAAGGAUACAUCUUAAUGCAACACAAAGCUUUGGGGAAGAAGGACAGUCUACCAUCUCAAGGAGGCAGUUUGGACCAGAUCUAUGAUGAAUUCUGCCCCAUUUUACUAAACCAGUUCAAGUCACGGGAAUUCACUAAGCUGGACACCUUUGAUGUUGCAUUGGAUGAGUUUUACAGUAAAAUUGAAAGCCAGAGGGCUGAACAACAGCAAAGGGCAAAAGAGGGCUCUGCCAUGCAGAAACUCAGCAAAAUACGCUCAGAUCAGGAAAAUCGUGUGCAUACAUUGAAGAAAGAGGUAGACCAUUGUGUUAGAAUGGCAGAAUUGAUAGAAUACAACCUACAAGAUGUUGAUGCUGCAAUAUUAGCUGUCCGUGUGGCUCUUGCAAAUGGAAUGGAUUGGGAGGAUCUUGCUCGUAUGGUAAAGGAAGAGAGGAAGUCAGGAAACCCUAUAGCUGGGCUGAUUGACAAGCUUAAUCUUGAAAGAAAUUGCAUGACACUACUAUUGAGCAACAAUCUCGAUGAAAUGGAUGAUGAUGAAAAGACCCGCCCUGUUGAUAAGGUAGAAGUCGACUUGGCACUUUCAGCACAUGCCAAUGCUCGAAGGUGGUACGAAUUAAAGAAGAAACAAGAGAGUAAACAGGAGAAAACUGUUACAGCACAUGAGAAAGCUUUUAAAGCAGCUGAGAGGAAGACUCGUCUCCAACUUUCACAGGAAAAGUCUGUUGCUGCAAUCUCACAUAUGCGUAAAGUUCACUGGUUUGAGAAAUUUAAUUGGUUCAUCAGCAGUGAAAAUUAUUUAGUUAUCAGUGGACGUGAUGCUCAACAGAAUGAGAUGAUCGUCAAACGCUAUAUGUCAAAAGGAGAUAUAUAUGUCCAUGCAGAACUCCAUGGAGCUUCGAGUACUGUGAUCAAGAACCACAAACCAGAACAUCCAGUACCUCCUCUUACUCUAAACCAAGCAGGAUGUUUCACUGUUUGCCACAGCCAGGCAUGGGAUUCGAAGAUUGUAACAAGUGCUUGGUGGGUCUAUCCCCAUCAAGUGAGUAAAACUGCUCCUACAGGAGAAUAUCUUACAGUAGGAAGUUUCAUGAUUCGUGGGAAAAAGAACUUUCUUCCCCCACACCCUCUUAUUAUGGGUUUUGGGUUAUUAUUUCGCUUGGAUGAAAGCUCAUUGGGAUCACAUUUAAAUGAGAGGAGGAUAAGAGGUGAAGAGGAAGGGGGAAAUGACAUGGAAGAAAGUAUGCCUCUUGAAGAAAAUUCUGAUCCUGAAUCUGAAAAGGAUGUUGCUGGUGAAGAAAUGACAGAUACAAAAAAAGAAUUGAGUGACCUUUCAGAUUUAACAUUAGAUCAUUCUAAGAUGAAACUUGAUGGCUUGUCUAGAGAUCCCAUUGAAGGCGUGACUACUGAGCUGAAUGGCAUUGAAAAUGAGAAUGUAUCUGACACCACAGGAAAAAGUUCACCUUCUAUCUCACCCCAUCUUGAAGAUCUCAUUGAUAGGGCUCUUGGGCUUGGAUCUUCUAACUUCUUGAGUAAAGAUUAUGAGCUCAAUUGUUCUAAUGCAAACUUGGUGGAGGAUAGCCAUUGUGAAGAAGGAAAACAAGCAGCAAGAGAUAGGCCAUAUAUCUCAAAAGCUGAAAGGCGAAAGCUCAAGAAAGGCCAGAAAAGCAGCUCUAAUGAUGCAGCUGUUGAGAAUGAAAGAGAAGAGUACAAAGAAAAUAGGAUUUCAGGCAGUCAUGCAGAUGAAAGUUCUCAGAAGGUAAAACAGUCUGGUGGAAAGAUCAGCCGUGGCCAGAAGAGCAAACUCAAGAAGAUUAAGGAAAAGUAUGCAGAACAAGAUGAGGAAGAACGUAAAAUUCGUAUGGCUUUACUAGCUUCUGCUGGGAAAGUACUGAAAAAUGAAGAGGAGCCAGAAGAUGGACUUGUAGAAACUGACAAGGGAAAGAAAUCAGUUUCUGCAGGUCUAGAUGAUGCUCUGAAGAUAUGUUAUAAAUGUAAAAAGGCGGGUCACUUAUCUCGGGACUGCCCAGAACAUCCAGAUGACACUAACCACUCAAAGGCAGUUAUCCAUAAGAAAAUGAAUGGAGGGGGUCCUGAAGAUAUUCCAGAUGUAUUGUUGGAUGACACAGCUACCAACAUGGACAGGAUCACUAUAGAGGAAGAUGACAUUCAUGAGAUUGGUGAAGAAGAGAAGGGAAAGUUAAACGAUGCUGAUUAUUUAACUGGGAUUCCAUUGCCUAACGAUAUUCUCUUGUAUGCUGUGCCUGUCUGUGGUCCGUAUAAUGCAUUGCAAUCAUACAAGUACCGGGUGAAAAUAACCCCUGGCACUGCAAAGAAAGGAAAAGCUGCAAAAACUGCAAUGAAUUUGUUCGGUCACAUGCCUGAAGCAACAAGCAGGGAAAAGGAACUCAUUAAAGCUUGUAGUGAACCCGAACUAGUGGCUGCAAUGAUCGGCAAUGCAAAGAUCACAGCUGCAGGCCUUACCCAAUUAAAGCAGAAGCAAAAGAAAGGAAAGAAGACCAGCAAAGAAGAGAGGUAGCACUGAGGUUGUCAGCAUUUUUUAAUUUUAUUUUCUCUAUUUGCUUAUGGAACCAUGCAAGCAGCUUACUUGGACAGACCCCUUCUCAGGGUGGUUGUUUCCUUUUCGGAGAGUUUUUUUGUACAGUUUUAGUUGCAUGUAAUUAGUAUAUUAUAUGUUUCAAGGAAGAUCAAAUCAACAAGAUUAAUAAAGUUAUUUUCUAUUUUGCUUA